GAAGCAAAACAGACAGUCUGUUCUUCACGUUGGUCUGGCAGUUGCUUUUCUCUUUAUAAACUCUUUUCAGCACCUAGGUGUGAGCUCUUACUAAACUAAUGUCUGCUCCGCCUGCUGAAGAUUUGGUCAAGCAAUGGGAAAGUGAGCAGACCCUUCUGAGACAGCAGGUGGUGGAGGAGGACACUGAGGACUGGCAAAGGGAACCUGACUUCUCGGGCCUGAGGAGAGUCGGAGGAGUGGACGUCUCCUUCAUCAAAGGGGAUAAUGUCAAUGCCUGUGCCCAGCUCGUGGUGCUCAGCUACCCCGACCUGGAGGUGCUGUACGAGGACAGUCAGAUGGUGACCCUGACGGCCCCCUACGUAGCUGGCUUCCUGGCUUUCAGAGAAACCCCUUUCCUUCUUGAGGCUUUGAAGCGCCUAGAGAGGAAACAGCCCACACUUAUGCCACAGGUGGUGUUUGUGGAUGGGAAUGGUCUCUUCCACUACAGACAGUUUGGCCUGGCAUGUCAUCUGGGAGUGCUGUCAGGGUUGCCCUGUGUGGGUGUGGCCAAGAACCUGCUGCAGGUGCAGGGCGUGCACAAGAAUGAGGAACACCAGUCACAGAUCGCUGCUCUGCAGAAAGGAGGAGACAGCUUCCCACUCACAGCCGCCUCAGGCAGAGUGCUCGGAAAGGCAUUACGAAGCUCAGACAAGAGCUUGAAGCCGGUGUACGUGUCAAUUGGCCACAAGAUCAGCCUGGACACGGCUGUUCGCCUCACAUUCCGGGUCCCCGAACCCAUCAGACAGGCUGACUGUCACUCCAGAGAAUACCUUCGCAUACACUUCCCAGCUGCAGACACAUAAAUCAAAGAAUGAGGUUGCAAAUGAUGCAGCGAACGAUCUCAAGAACUCUGAGCACCAGCAACCACAGAAGGCACUAAAACUGCUUUUUCUGCUUGUGUGUGUGUGUGUGUGUGUGUGUAUGUUUUCAAGUGAGAGAGAGAGAGAAAGUGCUGUAACUUUCAUCUGCUUUUAAGAAUGCAGCCAUUUUACUCUGGGCGAGGAAGACGCUGUCAGAUUAACUGUAUCUUUUUAUGCACUCACCACAUAUUUAAACUGAAAUGGGUCAGACUGGCUCUUUUUAUAUACUGUUCUCACUGCAUUUUGGGUCACUCAGUUUUUUACACUGGGAUCCUUAUAAAUAAAUCAUAACUGU